AUGGCGCCCUCCGCGGUCGAAAUCCCGGUGAUCAUUCCAAAGUCCUUCUCCACGGUGACAAACACCAAUGGACCGACUCAUGCUGGAGAUCUGAAAGGUCCAUCCUCGCCAUUGCCCGAGGUGAAGACCUUCGAUGGAGCAAACUGCUCGGUUGAGGAACUGGUUGCCGCCAUUCGUGUGGCUGGUGGUGUGGUGAUCCGCGGAUUGUUGAAUGCCGACGAAAUUGCCAGUCUCGAAAAAGACACGAGGCCUUGGUUGGAGAAAGACGAGGCCUGGGGCGAAGGUGGUGGCGAGGGCGAAUUCUUCCCCAAAGAGACUCGUCGAGCUUUCGGGAUGGUGACCAAGUCCAAGACAUUUGCGGAACGUAUCGUGGGACAUCCCCUCUGGAAAGGAGUCACAGAUGCUCUGCUGAGCAGUCAUCUGCAUUGGAACUGGAUCGGCGAGAAGAACGAACCUUCCGUCUCCCGUCCGCAGUUGAACAACACGAUCGUAUUCAGCAUAGGGCCCGGCGCUCGCGACCAAGCCUUACACAGAGACGACGCGAUUCACCAUGUCUAUCACCCGGCGGUCGCAACGCAUGAGAUUGGCCGUGACGCAGGUGUAGGCUUUUUCGUCGCUGGCAAGAAGACCACCCGGCGCAAUGGUGCGACCCGGUUCAUCCCAGGCUCGCACCUGUGGGACUAUGCGGCCGGUCCGCCUCGCGAGGAACAAACCUUCUACGCCGAGUUGGAGCCAGGUGAUGGCUUCAUGGUGCUGUCUGGCUGUUUUCAUGGAGGAAGUGCAAAUAAGACCAAUGAACCCGGUGAGGAUGGUGUCGUCAGAGAAGAGGAAAGACUGGUGUACAGUCGAAAAUGGUUCGACUGCGCAGAAUGCCACGCCGAACAAGAAACCCAUCCGCUUAUGCAGAGUUUUGACAUGACUUUUAUAUGCAAGAAGUGUAGGAAGGCGUUUCGGAAGAAUACGAAGGAUUGGGACGAGAGUGACGAAUACUGCCCCAAUUGCGACAAUCACUUUGUCAUUGAUGCGCUUACCCCCAAGGCCGCCCUGAAGGUUGAAGGCGAGGACGCAAGGGUGGAUUCAAGAAUGAUCAAAGACGAUCGGAUUAAGCAGGACGAUCAGCAAACGAUAUUCGACAUCAAGGGCGGGACGGAGAGGCUGGUUUGA